UUGUAAAUGGAGUAUUGAGACAGAAAGAAAUUCCAUGGUUCUACACAUUAAAUUAGCAUCAUGUGUAAUAACAAUGUAAUUGUGACACAAUUUUGCACAACAUGUUUACACAGGGGGAAAUGUUUUUCACCGUGUUUCAAGAGGACACUUUGAUGUAAGUCAAAACAACAGGACUAUAAAAACUUCACUAGGUCAGUCAGAAGAGAAGUAAGGUUAUCUCAUGUAGAUCACUCUCAAAAAUUGCUGGAUAGGAAAGUCAGUUUCUGGGUUUAUGAAUAUCAGUGCUUCAAGUUAUCUGCGAGGGGAGAUCUGAUAAACAUACUCACAAGCUGUAAACACAUUCUUUAUGAGCGCGCAUCACUUCAGGGGGAUGAUGAGGAACUGUAUACUGCUGGUUAUCUUUGGAGUCUACCUGCAAGUGGUGAAAUGCACCCCAAGAUGUCCACUAUAUGGUUCUAUAGCAGUUUGCACCAACCUGUCUCUAUAUCAGGUCCCUGCACUGCCUCCAUACAUUACCCAUGUGUAUAUGAGGGAUAACUACAUCAGUGAGAUAAAUGAGACAUCUUUCUCUGGGCUUGAAGGGCUAAAGGAACUGGACCUCAGUUGGCAACGAGUCAAUGGGCUAACUAUAAGAACUAACACCUUUCAAAGACUGGCAAACUUGGCAGUGCUCUAUUUAGGACAUAAUAGAGGUUUACAGAUUGAGCCAGAUGCGUUUGUGGGACUGUCCAACCUGAGAACACUCUCUCUGUAUGUGUGUGACCUAACUGAAUCCAUAUUACAGGGCGACUAUCUCAGGCCACUGGUGUCUUUGAAAACGCUAGAUCUGUAUGGUAACCAAGUGAAAAGAAUCCAACCUUCACCAUUCUUUGUGAACAUGACAGAUUUCCAAGAGUUAAACAUUACCCUAAACCAGAUGGAAAGCAUAUGUGAGGAAGAUUUGCUUGGCUUUUGUGGCAAACACUUUCGGUUGCUCAAAUUGAACAGCGUCUAUCUAUAUGGUAUGACUCAAAAUGGUUUUGACUGGAAACGAUGUGGAAAUCCCUUUAGAAACAUGUCUAUAGAGACACUUGACUUAUCUUCCAACGGAUUCAACGUGGACAAGGCAAAAUUGUUUUUCAAUGCAAUCCAAGGAACGAAAAUUCACCAUAUUAUUCUGGAACACAGCACCAUGGGAAAAUCAUUUGGUUUCAGCAAUUUCAAAGACCCAAACAAGAAAACAUUCAAUGGCCUCAAGAAUAGUGGCAUCAAGAUUCUAGAUUUGUCCAAAUGCUUUAUAUUUGCUUUGCAAUAUGCAGUAUUCAGUCCACUGAGAGAGGUAGAGGACAUAACAUUAGCCCAAAACAAAAUUAACCAGAUCGACAAGGGGGCAUUUUGGGGUCUUGAAAAUUUACAAAGACUCAACCUGUCACACAAUCUUAUGGGGGAAAUCUAUUCUUACACAUUUGACAAUCUACCCAAUAUUUUAGAAUUAGAUUUAUCUUACAAUCAUAUUGGUGCAUUGGGAUAUCAGGCAUUUGCAGGAAUUCCAAACCUACAAAUCCUGGAUCUUACAGGAAACUCUAUUCGGCAACUAGGUACAUAUGGUUACCUUGCACCACUACCAAACCUGCAACUUCUUCAUUUGGCUGAUAAUAAGAUCACAUCCUUAGAGGGCCUCUUGGGCUUUGCUAACAGUACUAUCAUACUGAAUGUUCAAAACAAUAGGUUAACUAAUUUAGAGGAUGUAUACAUUGUGUUAGCUAAAUUCACGCGCAUUGAGCGUAUCUGGUAUGGUAACAACAACAUAAAGUGGUGCAUCUUUAGCAGUAAUAUUUCAGUGCCCGCUGUAAACUCUCUAAAGCUGCUGGAGCUCAGGAAUGUUGCCCUGCAGAUUUUAUGGGGACAUGGAGUGUGUUUGGACGUAUUUGAAAAUCUUAUCAAGCUUUUUAGUCUGGAUUUAAGCUUUAACUCGCUGAGGGCUCUCCCAGAUGGCAUAUUCAAAGGCCUCGUCUCUCUGGAAGAGAUGGAUCUCAGCUUCAACUCUCUCACAUACCUCCAACCAGACAUUUUCCCAGCGAGUCUCAAAACAGUUGACCUCUCUUACAAUUUCCUCUCCUCUCCUGACCCAGCGGCUUUCAGUUCUCUCAGCUGGAUCAACUUAUAUAGGAAUCGCUUCCACUGUGACGGUGGCCUGAAGGACUUUCUGACGUGGAUGAACAGGACCAACGUGACUUUUCCGGACCCCGGCGUGGCUGAAUUCAGCUGUGAGUUCCCCUCGGAUCUCCAUGGUGUCAGCCUGUUGAAUUACAGCAAAGUCAUAACGGAAAAGUACCCAAAACCAUCUUUGACAAAAAUUUAAAACAAGACAAUUAGAGUUGGUAUUAUGUGUGUCAUUUUCCAUGCUAUCUACUCUGUUUACACGUUUUCUAUUGGGAAUCACAUUUUAUUUUGUUGCCUACAUUAUCCUGAAUGUCAUAUGGCAUAAUGUAUGAUAUAAAUACCUCAUCAACACAUCUUUAGUUAAUCACACAGCGUAAAACAAAUCAGCCAAAAGACAGUCAAAAGGUGUCCUCCAAAAGCAUUAUUUUCAAAUGUUUGUAUAAAGGAAAAUACAUAUAUAUAUAUAUAUAUAUAUAUUGUCAUUCUGUGCUUUUUUCCGUUAUCUCACCACAAGACCCAAUCCUAUGUGAAGUGUGAGCCCCUGUGGACUACUAAAGAGGCUGCUAUUUGAUGCUCAUUUAAGCAAUAAAGGCCAGGGGGAGUGGUAUUUGGCCAGUAUACCACGACUAAGGGCUGUUCUUACACACAACGCAACGCGGAGUGCCUGGAUACAGCCAUUUGCCGUGGUAUAUUGGUUUUAUACCACAAACCCAGAGGUGCCUUAUUGCUAUUAUAAACUGGUUACCAACAUCAUUAGAGCAGUAAAACUACAUGUUUUGUCAUGCCUGUGUUAUACGGUCUGAUAUACCACCGCUGUCAGCCAAUCAGCAUUCAGGGCUCCAACCACCCAGGUUAUAGCUAUUCUUAUAUAGCCAUUCAUUUUUCAUGAAUUCAAUAUGUUGUUUUAUUCCAGACAAGAGUUCAUUUUGCGUGCAGGGUUGCGAUUUUAUCAACAUUAUAUGUCAUUUCAGAUCAUGUCGGUCCUGCUCCCAAAAACAUUACCAAUACGAACUUAAUUUCUUUUUUUAAUUAAGAUAAAUGUUAUUGUAUUCUGAGAGGCUAAUAUGAUUGUAAUAACAAUGACUUUUUGAACUAUUCAGAAUGUUUUAAUUCAUAGAGAAUGUAUGAAUAAACACAAAAAAAAAUUCAGUUCUCAAUGUCACACUAGUGGGCUACAGGUAAGGGCAUUGUGGGGAAAUGGGGUGAGAGAGGAGUGACCAGUGACCAGUUUUGAGCUGAAUGACCAGUGAAUGAUACAAUAAUGGGGAAUUUCCUGAGUGAUAUUUCUAUCUCUAUUACUAUCUCUAUCCCAUGCC